AUGAACAGCUCUGUUACUGAUUAUCUGACAUCAUUGGGUGUGAGCCAUAAUUCUUCAAAAGUCAGACCACGUCGUAGAGAUACCGUUGACUCAAAUCUGAAUGAUCUGCUGUAUGCACGAGUUGAUGACUUGGUUGGAGCAGGCACAUUAGAUUUGUCAUCUAAUGUUCAACCUUAUACAACCACACCCAUCAUGACAUCCGUUUUUCCUGCCGAAACUCCAUCAUAUCAACCAUUGAAUGAUAUAUUCCAUGAAGUCAAGCGAUAUCAAGAUGAGAGCCGUCAAGGACGUCCAUCUCGUCGAGAAUAUGUGCAAAUCGAAAUUUAA